GUACAACUGAAAAUGCCUCGAUCACCAGAAAGAUAUAGUCGACGAGACCGAUCCGAUAGUCGGGAUAGAUAUAAAGAUGAAUAUAAAAGAAAGAGCAAACAUCGACAUCGAUCAGAAUCACCAGACAGACAACGUAGCAAAGAUAAAAAACGCAAGAAAUCCAAAAAGGAACACCGUUAUCAUAGUAAACGAGACGAUGAUACGAUUGACGAUGAUCUUGAUAAAUAUGCCAGCAAUUCUCGACCUUCUUUAGAACAACUCGGUUAUUCCAAUGUGAACAAUCCUUUCAAUGAUAUUAAUCUGGAAUCAAAAUUCGUUUGGGGAAAGAAGAAACAACGUGAUCGAAAGGAACUUGGACUUGGAAUUGCAGAACUCAAGCGACGUGAACUGGAACGAAAACGAGAAGCUGAUGAAGAAUUGGCCAAACUUAAUAAACGAAGGGCUGAACGGGAACUCGAAAGAAAACAACGUGAAGCAGAAAUGGAACAGAAACAACGUGAUGCUGAACUUGCUCAAAUGGGUGAUUGGCAUGCCAAAGAAGAAGAGUUCCAUCUUGAACAAGCUAAACGACGUGCGGAAAUUCGAAUCAAAGAAGGACGUGCAAAACCUAUUGAUAUUUUGGCAAUGAAUUUACGACUAGCAAAUGAACCUGAUAAGAUCGAAGAUGAUGUAGAAUUGGAAAUUGAUUUGGAAGAACCUUAUACCAUCUUUGACUCAUUAUCAUUAGAAGACACUGAGGAACUUGAACAGGAUAUAGAAAUGCAUCUUGGACUGGAAAAGAAUGAACAAACAUUGGAAUUUUGGCGUGCAAUGAUGAUUGUAGCUAAGGACAAACUGGAAAAAUUGGAAGCAGAUAAUAGUAGAGUUGCUACUGGUGGAGUGGCUGGAUCAGUGAACCAGGAUAUUCAUCGAAUCUUACAAGGCAAAACAUAUGAACAAUUGAUGGUACUUCAACAACAAGUCAUGGCUAAACUGGCAUCCAAUCAACCAAUCGAUGUAGAAUAUUGGGAAAAUUUACUCAAAGAAUUGGUGGUAUACAAAGCCAAGGCACGACUUAACACAAUGCAUCAAGCAUUAUUGGCUAAACGAUUGCAACAACUACGUGAAAAACAACACGAAGAGGCUCUCAAAGUCCAACAAGAAUUGGGUGCAGUUUUAUCUAUGCAAGCUACGGAAGUAGAAGGACGAGGUAUUGGACCAGGUGAAGGAAUUGCUACUGAAGCUGUGGAUCAAGUAUUGGCUGAACAACAGGAUAGGGCAUUUUUGCAAGAUGACAAUCAAAAAUCAGAUGUAGUGGUGCCUUAUGAACGUGAGAUGAGUCCUGAACCAAUGGAACAAAUCUCAAGAUCAGAUAAAGCCGAACUAAGUAUUUUGGAUCCUAUUGAAGAUAUGAAACAGUUGAUUGCGCAAAGAAGAAAAGUAUUAUCUACCAAGAUUAUUCCCAGACAACCAAAACAGAAAGAAGAAACACCAAAGGAACCUCAGCCAAUGGAUGGAUCUGUGGCAUCAUCAGUUUUAUACGAAAAGGAGAAAGCUAACGGCAUUGAUGAUGAUGAGGCUAUCUUUAAUAUUGAAGCUGAAUUGGCUAAACAGACGUAUCUAUGGCAAGACAAAUAUAGACCAAGAAAACCAAGAUAUUUCAAUCGUGUGCAUACUGGUUACGAAUGGAACAAGUAUAAUCAAACUCAUUAUGACUUUGAUAAUCCUCCUCCAAAAGUUGUGCAAGGUUACAAAUUUAAUAUAUUUUAUCCUGAUUUGAUUGACAAGUCAAAAGCUCCUACCUACUUUAUUGAAAAAGACCCUGAAUCUCCUGAUACUGUUUUGAUCCGUUUCCAGGCUGGUCCACCUUAUGAAGAUAUCGCUUUCCGAAUUGUCAAGCGGGAAUGGGAAUACUCUCACAAGAAAGGAUUCAAAUGUACAUUCGAUAGGGGGGUGUUGUCUCUUUGGUUCCAUUUCAAACGUCAAUUCUAUCGAAAGUAAUUGACAUCAUUGUUAUUACCCCUCCCUUUUAUAUAUGUAGUUUGAAUAUAUGUUUAUGAUUGAUUUGAAAUACAAAAAAAGUCAUAUCCAUUCUUUUUUUAAAUAAAGAAUAGUUUAUUUUGGU